UCGUAUACCACCAUGUCUGGACGUGGCAAAGGCGGCAAAGGGCUCGGGAAAGGCGGCGCCAAGCGACACCGCAAGGUCCUGCGAGAUAACAUCCAGGGCAUUACCAAGCCUGCCAUCCGGCGCUUGGCUCGGCGCGGAGGCGUCAAGCGCAUCUCCGGGCUCAUCUACGAGGAGACUCGCGGUGUCCUCAAAGUGUUCCUGGAGAAUGUGAUCCGGGACGCCGUCACCUACACCGAGCACGCCAAGCGCAAGACGGUCACGGCUAUGGAUGUGGUCUACGCGCUCAAGCGCCAGGGCCGUACUCUUUAUGGCUUCGGCGGCUAAGUGCUACCACCGGCUUCAGACCUUCGGUCUCUUGCACCAACACCCCAACCCAAAGGCCCUUUUCAGGGCCCCCAAAGCAUCAAGAAAGGAGCUGGGGAUACUAUAUAGGGGCUGGAAGAGGGUUCUC